AUGUCGCCGGCGUUGGUGCGAUCCUUGCUUUUAGCGGGAUGUCUCCAUGGCGUCUUUGCAGAAUGCAACGUCUACCUGGAGACUCAGACGAUGACGGGGCCGGGUGUAUGCACCGAAGACGGGGUAGCUGCCAUGACAGCCCCAGAGGAGAAGCAGUUGGGGGAGUGCCUUCACGAGUGUUGGGCUAGCUAUGUCAUCACUUCGCAGCCGGCUAAGGGGGCCAAUGCUGCGCUGGCGAAGCCAGAACGGGACAGCUGUUCGACGAAUUUCGAGAUCAUUUGCAGCACUGUGGAGCUUUCCUGCACCAAGCCCUUCGGCGAGUUCCCAAAUGCCUGCAGCGGUACUGUGCCCUUGGCACAGAUGCAACCUAAUGCCUACUACUUGGCCUUCUAUGCUUACAGCCAGGAAGCCGGGGGCGGGAACUCGGAAAAGGUCUUGGCCACUCGGGUGGUUACUGGCAAGGAACCGCCCGAGAUCUGCUCGGGAACAUACGGGGUCAGGAAGGCCUUUGGUGACAACUGCUUUGGCCUAACCACCAACAGUCAAGAAGCGGGCCCUGGGCGUGACCCGCCUCAGCCGCCAGCAAUCGACAACAUGCCCGCCCAGUUUCCACCCGUGGAGCCGAACAAAGAGCCGACCACCAGCACCAGCGCAAGCACCAGCACUACAGACCCCGUGCCUGACAACGGCAAAACAGUUAAGUACGGCCUUGGCGACUUUCUUCCUUGGGUUGCGGGUGUUUGUGCGCUCCUCCUCGUGAUCGGGGGUGGGCUGUACGUUCGCCGUUCCAGGCAAGCCGAAGAGCAGAGGGCUCUGAGGACUUCGACGGAGGUUGAGAUUCAAUCCGUGAAUUCCCUGAAUCGCUUCUGA